UAACUAGUAUUAGCAUAGCAAUAUAGCAAGUAAUUAUUUUACUAUCAAUCUCAUCUCUUUAUAAUCCAUCGUAUUAUGAGUAUGAAAUGUUGGAUUCGUAACUGUCAGAAAGUUUUUAAAUCCCUACCAGAUACAUGGAUGUACAAUGCAAUAAAAAGAGAAGGAGAGGUUAAAUCCAUUCAAGUGAGACACAAAUGUACUCCAGCAGAAUCUCCUCCAAAAGUGAAGAAUCCAAUUCCUUAUGUAAACCCCAAGUUUACAUAUAAUAAGGGAGGUAAAUUACUACUGAUCAUACCAGCAAUAACAUUUGGUCUUGGGACAUGGCAAGUUAAACGGUUGAAAUGGAAAGAAGAGCUGAUAAAAACUAUGGAAGAAAGACAACGAUCAGAUCCAGUUCCGCUCCCGUUAGAUCCAGAAGUAGUCGCGGGUAUGGAAUUUUGCAAGGUGACAGUAACGGGCCGCUUCGACCACAGCGAGGAGCUCUUCUACGGACCCAAGCCUUGCUUUGUACAUGGUGAGGUCAAGAGAGAUGUUAUCCAUCCUUCAGGUCAAGAGUCGCUGGGAUACAACCUAGUAACACCCUUCGUACUCUCCGACACGGGUGAUAGAAUUCUCGUCAAUAGAGGAUGGAUCCGCACAAAGACUAUCAAGAAGAAAGAUCGAGUGUGGAGCAACACUAAGGGAGAAGAAUUAACCCUCACUGGAGUGAUAAGACUUUCAGAACCACCAGCAGGCUUUGGGCCCAGUACUGACGAAAGAUAUGACAUCUGGCACUAUCGAGAUAUUACAGAUAUAGCUAACAAAAAGGAUUGUUUACCAAUCUGGAUUGAUGCUACCGAAGAGCAUUCCAUCCCUGGAAAGUUGUGGGGAGGCCAGACCAUCAUGAAGAUACGAAAUGAACAUUUAUCGUACAUCGUUACCUGGUACUCUCUCAGCAUCUUAACAGCCUACAUCUGGUAUCUUCGUUAUAUGAAGAGAUAGGCUUUUUAACUAUAUAAGUAAUUUAUCUGUACUAUAUCACAAUAAAUGUAUAAAUAAUUGUUAUUUC